CGCGAAAGCGAUCAAACAAGAUCACAGAAGCAAAGGCAGAAAAGCGUCGCCCGCGAUCGUCCGAUGUUCGACGAUCGAAGCUUCGCAAGUGCUGCGGAUCAUCUCCGCUGCCUCGACUGCACGUUCGAAACCGAUCGAUCUCCGCCGCGAUCGGGCUCCGUUCCGUGAAUCGCCUCCUCGAUCCUGGGGGGACAGACGCUCCUCCGGCGGCUGCUUCCGGCGGGGCUCCGUCGGGUUCGGGUCCGGGUUUUCGGUUCGGUUCUUCGAGCGCGAUCCCAUCGCCGUCGGCCGCCGCCGCCUGCGACGAUGACCCGAAGGCCCAGCACCUGCGCCAUCUGCGAGAACCUGAAUCUCGCUUCCAUCUGCACGGUGUGCGUCAACUACAGGUUGAGCGAGUACAGCAAUGAUCUGAAAGUGCUCAAAAGCCGCCGGGACGCGCUGUAUUCGAGAUUGAGCGAAGUGCUUGUGGCAAAGGGCAAGGCGGAUGAUCAAUAUAAUUGGAGAGCGACACAGGAUGAGAAGCUUCAAAAAUUGAGGGAAAAGUUUUAUCGCAAGAAAGAACAACUCGUUCAAGGGAAGGCUAAGGUCGAGAGACUGUCAAACGAUUUGAAGGCAAAGUAUGGAAUGCUGGAUUCUGCACUAUCCAAGUUGGAUAGGAAUCGUGCGGAACAACUGGAGAAGCUCUAUCCUAACCUUAUAAGCACACAGACCUUGGGACUUAUGGCUAUUACCUCAGAGCGCCUUCACAAACAGUCUGUGGUCAUAAAACAGAUAUGCAAAUUGUUCCCCCAACGUAGAGUGACUGUGGAUGGGGAAAGGAAAGAUGGAUCCAUUGGUCGAUUUGAUCAAAUUUGCAAUGCACGUUUACCUAGAGGACUUGAUCCCCACUCUGUUCCUUCAGAGGAGCUUGGUGCUUCAUUGGGAUACAUGGUUCUACUUCUUAAUAUUGUUGUUCAGAUCUUGGCUGCACCAGCACUUCACAACUCAGGAUUUGCGGGUUCUUGCUCUCGAAUUUGGCAACGAGAUUCUUAUUGGGAUGCUCGUCCAUCUUCUCGAAGCAAUGAAUAUCCCCUUUUCAUACCACGCCAAAACUAUUGCUCCACUAGUGGAGAAAAUUCGUGGUCAGACAGAAGCUCAAGUAAUUUCGGUGUUGCUUCAAUGGAGUCAGAGAGAAAGGCCCAGCUUGAUUCUUGUAGAAGUAGCAGUUUUAGUUUUACUUCUGCUUCUCCUCAUUCUGUCGAAACACACAAGGAUUUGCAGAGAGGAAUAUCCCUUUUGAAGAAAAGUGUGGCAUGCAUCACAACAUAUUGCUUCAAUUCUCUCUGUUUAGAUGUCCCUUCUGAGGUGUCUACUUUUGAGGCAUUUGCUAGAUUAUUGAGCAUACUCUCUUCUUCGAAGGAAGUUCGCUCUGUAAUUUCUCUGAAGAUGGCUUGUUCAAGAUCAAGUAAGCAAGGUCAACAGUUAAAUAAGUCUGUGUGGAACGUGAACUCAGCUAUCACAUCAAGCACUUUACUGGAAAGUGCACAUAUGCUUCCUAUUGUGAAAAACAUUGGUGAUGCCAAUCCUCCUAAUUCAACUGCCAGCUUUCUUUAUGCUACUGAUUUGUCGGAUAUGGGAAAGAAUGAGUCUCUUAUUGAUGGAUGGGAUUUAGUGGAACAUCCUACUUUUCCUCCGCCACCAUCACACAAUGAGGAUGUUGAGCAUUGGACCCGAGCGAUGUUUAUUGAUGCCACAAAGAAAUGAUUUGGCAACCGAACAACCUUCCUACCUUAUGUUUCUCUUGUUUUUCUGUCAGAGCUAGCUCUGCUGCUCUCUUUUAAGGGUUCUGGAAUCUUCUCUUUACAGGUGGGAGGUUCGUCAUGGAAAGGGCAUACAAGAAAAGCACUUGCUCAAUGCAGGGAAUGAGCAUUGCUUGUUGUAAAUAUGUGUGGAUAGGGAUUAGGUGUUGACAUGUAAAUACAAAAGGGCUGUCUCUAGUCACUAAUUUGGUUGCAGAGUUUCUUUCUGUGAUCUGUCGGAUCAUGUAACUACUUGACAGAUACUAACUAGACUACACCUCGUAGAUGUACAUUCCCCUGCAGCAAGGACUAAAUUGAAGAAAAAGAAAUUCACUUAUGUUCCUGAUAA